AUGGUGAUGUCUACGAAGGAUGGUGAUUUAAGCGACUUUGAUGAUGAUGAACUCAAUUCACUGUAUGAAAAAAAUAUUAACAUGACUGUCAAAGAAACGGUGGUUAGAAGAUCGUUACCUCAGCAAAGAAACUUGCAAGGUGAAAUUCUCCCAGGACAAGCCCCAUUUUAUGAAGAAAUCCAGAGGGAUGUAACAUUUGGACCUACACACCAUAUUCUAAGACAAGAUGAAUUAGAUUUCUAUAUUUACCCUACAAAUUUUGAACUGAGAGAAUACCAGUUUAGUAUUGUAAGAAGAGCACUUUUUGAAAAUGUAUUAUGUGCAAUUCCAACUGGUAUGGGUAAAACUUUUAUUGCAAGUACAGUCAUGCUCAAUUUUUUUAGAUGGUCUAAAACAGGUAAAAUUAUUUUUACUGCUCCUACUAGACCCUUAGUAGCACAGCAAAUCCAAGCUUGUUUAGGAAUAACAGGUAUACCUAGCGCCCAAACUGCUAUUUUAUUGGACAAGACUCGUAGGAAUCGUGAAAGUAUAUGGAAUUCGAAACGUGUUUUUUUCACAACUCCCCAAGUAGUUGAGAAUGAUUUGAAAAGAGGUGUUCUUAAUCCAAAAGAUAUCAUUUGUUUGGUAAUUGAUGAAGCACACAGAGGUACUGGUUCUUAUGCAUAUGUUAAUGUUGUAAAGUUUAUUGACAGAUUUAAUUCCUCGUAUCGUAUUUUGGCACUUACUGCUACUCCUGGGACAGAACUGGCUUCUGUGCAAGAAGUAGUCAGCAAUCUAGAUAUUUCGAAGAUUGAAAUUAGAACAGAAGAUAGUUCAGAUAUCACAAGAUACAUGAAAAAUAAAGAAAAGGUUAAAAUUAACCUACCAUUGUCAUCAGAUAUAGAAGAUAUUAUUGAAAAACUGGGAAUGGCGAUUACGCCUGUCCUUCAACAAGCAAUUGGACUGGGUAUUUAUGAAGAUUGCCCACCUUCUAAAAUUAAUGCAUUUGUGGCACUUCAACAAAGUAAAAAAAUAAUAUCUAACCCUGCUAUUCCUGAAGGAAUCAAAUGGAGAAAUUAUUUUAUUUUGCAAUUACUAAAUCAUGUUGGACAAAUGUUAAAACGUAUAAAAAUAUACGGUAUACGCCCCUUUUUUAAUUACUUGGAAAAUAAGCAUUUAGAAUUUACAACAAAGUAUGAGUUGGGUAAAUCUACAAAUAAGUUAGCUGCAGGGUUUUAUUAUAACCCUAUACUAAAAAGUUUAAUGAAAGAUUGUGAGAAGCUUAUCGAAAAUCCUCAUUUUUUAGGUCAUGAAAAAAUGCAAUGCAUUAGAGAUGAACUUAUCAGUUUUUUUGAAGAAGUUGGGUCUUCAUCAAGGGUUAUCAUUUUUACUGAGUUGAGGGAAAGUGCAUUAGAAAUUGUUAAAUGCGUAGCUGGAAUGAAUAAUGCUGAUAUUAGGCCUCACAUUUUUAUUGGACAAGCCAAAGGAAAGGAAGGCUUUGAUGAAGUUGAAUUCAAUAGAAAGCAUAAGCCAAAAGGCAGGAAGAAGGUAGAUAGGUUGAAACGCCAAGAGGAAGUAGAAGAGGCAAAAAGAAUUCAAGCUGAGCAAAAAGAUCACGCAAAGCAGCUAAGAACUGCGAGUAGAACUGGUAGCUCUGAAGAGGCUCAAAUCAACGGUAUGAAUCAGAAAAGACAAAAAGAAGUCAUCUCACAAUUUAAAAAUGGUGAUUAUAAUGUUUUGGUUUGUACAUCUAUUGGUGAAGAAGGUUUAGAUAUUGGCGAGGUUGACCUUAUUAUAUGUUAUGACACUACAAGCAGCCCUAUAAAAAAUAUUCAGCGAAUGGGAAGAACCGGUAGAAAAAGAGAUGGUAAAAUUAUUCUAUUAUUUAGUAGUAAUGAAGAAACUAAAUUCGAAAAGGCUAUGGAAGACUAUGCAAGCCUUCAAAAACUUAUUUCGCAAAAUUAUCUGAGCUAUAAAGAGUCAGAUCGUAUCCUACCACCUAACAUUAAUCCUCAAUGCUUAAAAAAGUUUAUUAAUAUUAAUGAUGAUGAUAAAGCAGUUUUUGAAAUGGAGGAUUCUGAAGCUGUCAUACAAUAUGCUACACAAUGCAUGCUGGACAAAGAUCCCCCUAAGAAAAAGGGUAACAAAAAAACUAAAUCAAAGGCAGCAAAAGCUACAAAAGCCACAAAAGCUACAAAAGCUACAAAAGCUACAAAAGCUACAAAAGCUACAAAAGCUACAAAAGCUACAAAAGCUAUAAAAGCUAUAAAAGCUACAAAUGUGGAUGAAAAUCAAAUGCAUUCACCUCAUGCAAUUUCCAAAAAAGAGAAGAGGUUUUUCAUGCCCGACAAUGUUGAGCUAGGCAUUGUUUCUGCUAGUGACCUUGUUAAUAAAUUUACUACCGAUGAAAAUGGUAAAAAACAAAUAGUAUCUUCAAUAGAGCGAAUACCUUUGUCUAUAUCUCCGAUGACGGCUCUGGAUAAAAUAGAGAGAGAUUCAUUCGAUAGCUUGUCUCCAACAAAAUCAGAAUUUGAAUCUCAACAAUUAGGAAAUAUUGAACCAAAGAGCUUAAAAGAAAUAUUAAGCGGUGACAUUAAGCAUAUACCAGAAGACGCUAUUUUAACUCAACAGACAUCACCUCAAAAACUAAUUAAUAAGCAUUCCCAGUCGACGGUAGAAAAAUUGGCGCAACCUUAUCCAACGUCAAUUCAUAACACCAGUAUAAUUGAUAAAGGCAAUUCCAAGAGUAAUGAUGCUUGUACUGUUAAACAUACAGAGGAUAGUAUAAUUAUUGAUUUGGAAGAUACAGAAUCAGAAAUGGAAAUAACACACGAAAAUAUUCCUCAUGAAUUUAAGGGCCAAGAAUUAUUUAAGCAUGAAUUUAAUGAAACAGAUGGAUUAAUCUCAAGCUCUGAAAGGGAAUUCUUUAAAAGAAAUUAUUCAUCAAAGGAUAUUGUUUUUAUUGAACCUAUCCCAGAAUUUGGUAGCUUCACUAAAGUUAAAGAGGUUCCUCACAGUAAUAGAGUUACCCAUAUUUUGCAACUUUUUGCAGGACUAAGAACUGGAGAUAAAUCAACUAUAAUCGGAAUGAAUAAAGUGCGGUGUAUAGCAAAGGGUGUUGCUCAUGGUACGGUAAGCUAUAACGACGGUACUUCUUCUGUCAUAGUUUCAAGAGAUUCUGUUAUGGACAAUGAUUCUACGCUAGACUUAUCAAAAGAAGAGCUAAGUGAAUUGCUAGAUUCAGAUGCAUAUUCAGAUUUUUAA